AAUCCUUCAAGUAUAGAACACUUUUUAGAAGUUCUGGAAACCUGUGAACCAGCUGUUAGUAUACUGAUCAUGUGGGGGACUCUGGUGAAAUACCUGACUGGUUCUAAAUCUUCCACGGCCAUAAUAAAACACAAGAGACAAUUUUUGGAGUUGUUCACUAAAAUCGUAUUAGGAAGCAAAACGAAGCCUUCUUUGUUUACUUUGGAACAUAGCCGAUAUCUGCUUCGUCAAGUGAGUCAUGAUGACUUCAAAGAGUUACUACUUCCAGCACUUCAGAAGGCCAUGCUUAGAAACCCUGAAGUUAUUCUAGAGA